GUGAGGGGUUUCGCGUGGGGGAGGGGAACCUCUGAGCAUCACUCUUGUGAGUGCGUGUGGAUGGCGUGGGCUUCUCUUCUCCGUCUCCAAACCGCGCAGCAGCAGCACCACCACCACCAUCAUCGUCACCACUCGGCUCACAGCGACAGCCUCGUACGCAUCACCAUCCUCAUCCUCCUCCUCCUCAUCCUUCAUCACCACCAUCUCCAAGCAGAAGAGGGACCCUGGCAUCGAAGGAUUUAAGACAGCUUCAACGUGUAACCAGUCAAGCAAACUGGGAGUCAGCUCUUUAAAUCUCUGAGGUGUCCUGAUCAAACUGAAGCCACAGCACGUUCAGGUGGCCUCUCAAGCUAAACCUUUGACCGUCUUCUGUACUUCUUUAACAUGGAGGACGGCUACCAAAACCGGACUGCCUUCAUAAAAGGAGCCAAAGACAUUGCCAAAGAAGUCAAGCGGCAAGCUGCCAAGAAGGUGGGCCGCUCAGUUGAUCGAGUGAGCGAUGAGUACAGCAAGCGCUCCUACAGCCGCUUUGAAGAGGACGAUGACGAUGACUACCCCAUGCAGGGAAGUCAGGAUGGAGGCUACUACCGUGGAGACAGCCAGGCAGCGAACGACGAUGAGGGCGGCCACAGUGACUCCACAGAGGGUCAUGAUGAGGAUGACGAGAUCUAUGAGGGAGAGUACCAAGGAAUUCCCAGGGCUGAUUCAGGAAAAGGUAGCCUUGCUGGGGGGCCAGGAUCGGUGGGAGCCGGAGCUCAGCAGUUCAGAGAUAUCAGCGUGUCCGAGGCUGAGAGGAGGAAGGACCAAGAGGAGCUGGCCCAACAGUACGAGACCAUUUUGCAAGAAUGUGGCCACGGGAAGUUCCAGUGGAGCCUGUACUUCGUGCUGGGCCUCGCACUCAUGGCUGAUGGCGUGGAGAUCUUUGUGGUCGGGUUUGUGCUCCCCAGCGCUGAGAAGGAUAUGUGUCUGUCUGAACCCAACAAAAGCAUGCUAGGUCUUAUUGUAUAUUUUGGGAUGAUGGUUGGCGCUUUCCUAUGGGGAGCUCUGGCUGACCGGAUAGGCCGUCGGCAGUCUCUUCUCAUCUCUCUCUCUAUCAACAGUAUCUUCUCCUUCUUCUCCUCCUUUGUCCAGGGUUACAGCACCUUUCUGUUUUGCCGCCUCCUUUCGGGUGUUGGAAUCGGUGGUUCGAUUCCCAUCGUCUUCUCGUACUACUCUGAAUUUCUGUCCCAAGAGAAGCGUGGCGAGCACCUCAGCUGGCUCUGCAUGUUUUGGAUGAUUGGAGGAAUAUACGCAUCUGCCAUGGCCUGGGCUAUAAUCCCGCAUUAUGGAUGGAGUUUCCAGAUGGGCUCGGCGUAUCAGUUCCAUAGCUGGCGCGUGUUUGUGCUAGUGUGCGCUUUUCCGUCAGUUGCAGCCAUCGCUGCCCUUAACGCCAUGCCAGAGAGCCCACGCUUCUACUUAGAGAAUGGCAAACAUGACGAAGGCUGGAUGGUUCUGAAGCAAGUUCACGACACAAACAUGCGAGCAAAGGGAUACCCAGAGAGGGUGUUUUCUGUCACAACAAUCAAAACUGUGAAGCAGAUGGAUGAGCUGGUGGAUGUUGGCACCGACACACCUGCUUGGCAGCGCUACAGACUGAAGAUUAUGAGCCUCUCCCAACAGAUACGGAAUAACAUCCUUGCCUGCUUCAGGCCAGAGUAUAAGCGGACGACCUUCAUGCUCAUGGCUGUUUGGUUUUCUAUGUCGUUCAGCUACUACGGUCUAACUGUGUGGUUUCCGGACAUGAUCAAGUACAUCCAGAAGCAGGAAUAUGAAUCGCGCACGAAGACCUUCACUAAGGAGCGAGUGGAGCACGUCACGUUUAACUUCACCUUGGAAAACCAAGUGCAUCGCCAAGGAUACUACUUCAACGACAAAUUCCUUAACCUGAAGAUGAAGUCCAUGGUUUUUGAAGACUCUGUGUUUGAAGAGUGCUACUUUGAGGACAUCACAUCCACGCACACCUUCUUUAGAAACUGCACCUUCAUUGCCAGCUUGUUUUAUAACACAGAUUUAUUCAAAUACAGACUCGUCAACUGCAAACUGGUCAACAGCACGUUUCUCCACAACAAGGAGGGCUGCAUGCUCGACUUCAGCGACGACUUCAACAAUGCCUACAUGAUCUACUUUGUCAACUUUCUCGGCACCCUGGCGGUGUUGCCUGGCAACAUCGUCUCGGCUCUAUUAAUGGAUAAAAUUGGGCGGUUAAGGAUGCUGGCCGGGUCCAGCGUCAUAUCAUGUGUCAGCUGCUUCUUCCUGAUGUUUGGAAACACCGAGUCGGGGAUGAUCGCCCUCUUAUGUCUGUUUGGCGGCAUCAGCAUCGCCUCGUGGAACGCCCUGGAUGUGAUAACAGUGGAGCUCUACCCCUCGGAUAAAAGGACCACAGCGUUCGGCUUCCUGAACGCCCUCUGUAAACUGGCGGCCGUGCUGGGGAUCAGCAUCUUCCAGUCAUUUGUGGGCAUCACCAAGGCUGUACCCAUCCUAUUUGCGGCCGGCGCCCUCGCCGCCGGCAGUUUCCUUGCCACAAAGUUGCCCGAAACGAGAGGCCAAGUGUUGCAGUAAAGCCGACGACCAGCAGAGGGCAGCAGAGUCCAGCUGGCGCGCGCGUUUAACAACUAACAACAUCCCUGAGAGCUUCAGCUCUGCUGUCACAUACCAACAAAAACAGACUGCCAUCCCCAUUGUAAGCCCAGAAUCCUUUGAAAUGUGGAUUGCAUCAUUCAAAGAGGAGAACACACAGAGGUAGAAAAAGAUGAUGUUAUAUUUGUGAUCACUUAAUUUCCGCUGCUUUGUCAGGUAUUCAAAAUAUUGAGAAAAAGAAUCAGAUAUCUUAUGGAAGAGCCACUCUUAGAGGGUGAUGAUGUGCUCCCACAGAUGCUCAGUGACACAGAACGAUCACAUGAUGAGAGGAAACUGAUUUAAAAAAGCCAUUUCUGAAGGAACGAGAAUGAUUUAGUCGGUGUAUGUGGUGAGUUUUCCGUUUUUCUUUCUCGUCUGUCCUCGACCUCAGUGACUGGCGUACAGUGCCUCUGUUUAAUGUGCUGUGACGUUACUGGAACAGUUCAGUUUACAUUUGCAUCCAGACUGUUGUUUAUAGACUUGCUUGCAAAAGUUCUCAAAAUGAAUUUCAGGGUGAACAUAUUUUCUGUUAAAAAACAAAAAAACCCUCCCAUGACCCUCGAUCACUGCCUCCUACUGAAGCCUGACCUGCUGACCGCUGUUAUUCUCGACCAAAUAUUGUUAAAACAUUCCAGUGAGGCUGCUGUUACUCAGACACAGAGAGCCGAGGUGCUUUUUCUCUCCCUGAGUAAUUCCAGUCCUCUGCUCAGAGCCUCGAAACGCAGGCAGGCGAAGACGCAUUUCACAGGAUUCUCUGUUGUAAAUGGGAAUAGUUUGAUCCAGUUCCUCGGUGUUUGUGUCAAAACUGAUGUUUUCCCUCCGUGUCGUGUGGCAGUUUGAUGAUGUUCUCGAGGAACGUCUGUGGGACGGAUUUUGGUCAAGUGCUAAACUGUGAGAGCAGAUACUUGUGGUAUUUGCCUAAAUUAGUGGUGUGUAUGUGUGUGUGUGUGUGUGCAUGUUUUUGUUUGUACUCUGAUUUAUUUAUUUACAUCUCAGUGUUUCAUGCAAAUGACAGUAUCAUUUGCGUCAGUGGGAAUUUUACUUGUCCAGCAGCGGUUUGAAUAAGCAGUGCGGCCACACAUUAUCAAGGUACCUUAGAGGUGUAACUAUUGUAAAAACUAGCCUGAAAUCUCCAUGUAAACACCCACAGUAUCCUGCCACAAAAGCAUCUUCCCAGUGCUAAUGCCUGGUUAAAGCACACAAGUCUAGUUAAGGCUUGUUCAGAUAACUAAUGAACAGCACAAUGUUUGUGCGGUACUUUCGGCGGCUCCCUUGUUUCCCACACCAGAUGGAUCUGCAUGUUUGAUCUGGCACAGAUUUUACACCGGAUGCUGAGGCUGAGUUUGUGUCUCCUCCGUGUCUCAACCGGUGAUCUUUUGCAUGUAAUCCAAAUGCAAGGACAGGAAUCAACAUUGUAGUAAUAAUUUCAUUUUUCUUUAUUUUUUUCUUCAUGAUCCCUUCAGGAUAAAGCAAUCAGGCCUGUGGUAAAAUCAAUUAUAUCUCCAUUAUUAUUAUCUUAUUCAUCCGCUCUAAAGGAAAAGCAACAUAUGAACCAAAACCCUGGCUUUUAAGAAUUUAGAUCCCUGUUAUCCUUAUUGUACAUGCAGUGUAGUUCACCUCCAAUCCAUAUGAGAAUUAGUCAGAACAUAAGUUAUCUGACUGAAUGGGAAAGCUAAUUCUUGAAGUCGAAACAACGAAAGGAGACUGAUUUAGUUCUUUUGUUUGCUGUAUUUUUUUUGUUGGGGAUCAAAACACGCAAACAAAGCAGUCUUCAUUUACCUGAAAAAAACUGCAUCAUAUUCAUAAGCACAAAUCAAAUGGGAAAAGCUGUUUAAAAAAAAGUGAUCAAUUAGGCAGUGUGGCAAGAGAAACAAGAAUAUAAUUUUAUUUUAAGGGCUCCCGUUCAGACAUUCCUUCACUGCGUCCAUUCCUGCUGGGAAAAGAUGGAAAUUUGUAACUUAUUUUUAUUUCUGUCGUCUUUAAGGGUACGCAGGCUCUCAGUUUAAAUGUAAAAACCUGCUGUGAUCUCAUCUCAAGAAUCAGAAUCACCCUUAAAGCAAAGUUGAUUGUGUACACCUUCAUUCUGUAAACAUAUGACAGUAUUUUGUGUACUAUUUGUGUGCUGACAAUCAGUGAGAGAGUGUGACAUUUUGACCGAAAAACGUCCUCUGGAUUGUGUGUAUGUGUGUGUGUAUGUGUGUGUUAGUGCUGUUAUCAGCCCCCUCUAUAGUAAACAAAUACCCUUGUUCACUUCUGGUAGCUUAGCUUAGCAUAAAGCCUGGACAUGAUGGGGAACAGCUACACUGGCUCUGCUGUUUCUCCUGUUAAACUAAGCUAAGCUAAGCUAACUGCCUGUCAGCUGUAGCUUCAUAUUCAGCAUAUAAAGACAUGAGAACAUUAUCUUCUCACUAAAGAAUGCAAAUGAUACCAUCUCUAAAAUCUAUUUCUUUGAAAUCUUUCUUCAAAUCUACAUGCUGAGGAUCAUACCUGAGGGGUGUACUACAAGGUCAGGGCGAGAUUAGCAGAUUAGCAAGCUACGUCAAGCUUAAAGUCAGAGUUUUCUGUCCCACUUUUAUCCAUGUCUCACUACCUGGUUAUAUCACCAUGGUAACUUAUGCUGAAGCUCCAUGUUUUCUCUGAUUUUUAAAUGUUUUUUUUUAUUCACAGCAUGUUUUAGGUGUCAUAGAUUCUCUGCUGGGGGAAUAUAUUUGAUAAGGGAGGUUUGUUAAGCUGUAGCUUACUAAAACCACAGCAUGAAGCACACGCUGUACGUUGACAGUAACGUGUUACCAUCACCUUAAAAGGAACAGCACCAUUGAGAGCACACUAAGCUAUGAAAUAAUAAAUUAGAAUUAAAAUAUUAAUUGUUAUGCCAUUAAUUUAUUGUCUUUGUUGCAACAGUGUUGCAUUUUACUGUCUUAUUUCGUAUGCACUUUAUAGAUUUCUUUUCAUCAGUUUGUCAUAAUGAUCUGAUAACGUUUAUGACUGGAGUAGGGGGGGCACUCAUAGGGAUCAUUUUGUGCAGAAGAGCUGUACCUGUAAAACCCCCAUUUUUAUGUUUAUGAGUGCACAAAGAGCACGAAGCGGAAAGCCCAUCUUACCAGAGAAAGUUGAUAACCUCCAUCAUGAUACACAUUAUCUCCAGCUGGGGCUUAAGCCAAAGAAAACCUAGCUAUGUUUAACUUCCUUUGUAGUACACCCCUCCGUUGUUUGCUGUUUGUGUACAAAGAUGUAUGUGUUUAAUGAACAGAUUUGUCCCGUCUUGUUCCUGUUGGAAAGACUGUUUGGAUGUAUGUAUGUGUGCGUCUGACUAAAUCGUCUGUCACAUAUUUUUCUACUUUUUUCUGUUGCGAUUCUGUUUUCAUCCCUGUGAUGAUUACAGCUCAGUUGGGGACCACGGAAUAUAUUUACACUAUGAAAAGAAAAAAAAAAGACCUAUAUAUGCAGUGUAGAAAUCAGUGUGUCGUUCUUCAUAACAGACUCGGGUGCUCUUUUGCUGACACCUUUGACCUUUGAAACAAGUCCCUUGAAAGGCAGCCAGAAAUAACACACGGUCUGCUCCUCAGUUUUAGAAACACGCAGAAAAGGAAAAAAAAAAGAGAAAGGGAUUGCAUCUUAAAUUCAUAAAGACGGCUUCACCCCCUAAACCUUCUGUAUUCAAACGACUGUGACGCAUGUUCGUUAUCGUAUUGUCUGACUUUCUUGGACGUCCUGUAUGCCAGCUGUUUUUGUCCAAAGCAAGAACUAGUGUUUUCAUUGUCGUAUGAUGACAUAGAUUUGUUGCUUGCAGUGACUGUUCUUAAUCAAAGUGGGGUGAAAACUGGUGAAACUCGAGUAUGUGUUCUGAAAGUGAGUUAGUGGUGACUGUGCUCCUUGUUUACCUUGGACCCAGGUAACCUUUUUUGUUUUUAUUAUAUAUAUGUGAAUAUACAUGCUUGAAUUUCUGAGGAGGUUGCUUGUGAUCUUGAAGAUAAGCGUUGGCUGGAAAGGGAAGUACACUUUCAAUGUGAAGUGCAUGAAAAGUGUAAUUUGACUUAAAUUUGUUUGUUUAUGUGAGUCUGUAUUAAAGGGGGAGGUUUAAGUAAUCAAGUCAAACUCAAAAGGACCACGGGUUUAAACUCAUCAAAAGAGCGCCCUCUGUCAACUUGAAGCUCCUGUCCAAACUGUAAAAGUUUACAGAUUAAUGUUGCUACGUGUAGAAUUUCAUUCUAUAUACAUAUAAAUAUAAAUAAAUAUAUAUAUAUAUAGAUAUACAUGUAUAAACUAUAACAAGAGUUGCUGGUUUGAGUUUUAUCCAUAAAGGAAGGCAGUGAUAUUGGGUGCGGUCAAAAUAAAGCAAACACCAGCCUGAUAAGACUUCCCCUUAAUGACGGCAGUCUUUUAAAAAGUGCGGGAGAAACGCCUCCCGCAUCCGCAGAGAACUGCAAGGAUCCAUCACUGUAGUUGGAGCGAUGGCGUUUCCGUUUGCUUUCUUUAGUUUGACUCUGAGCUGUUUUAUUAUCUGAUAAAAAGUUCUACUCUAAGUGUGAGUUCAAUUCAAGAUUCAGUGUACUGUGUGUAGAAACUGUAGAUGUUUGUAUGUGCAAGUAUGCAAAUUGUGAAACAAAAAGAUUACGGAAACAGUUCCAAAAAAAGUUUGGUAUGACACAAAACUCUAUUGUGUGUUGUCUUUGUGUUUUGUAAAUGAAGACUGAACAUCUUGGUAAAUUCAGUAUUUAUUACUUCUGGAUAUUGAGAAUAUUUUAGUGAUGCUGAAAAGGUGCUGUAUUUACUUUAUGUGAGAGUUGUCCAUUAUGCUGGGUUUUGCACUUUUGUGCUAUUUAUCCAGUUCUUUGAAUAAAUUCAUAAU